UUUUAUGAAGACAGCCGAUUGGUGUCAAGAAAGGAGUCGUUAGUCGCUGUGCAAACAUUAUGGUGGCUGUACCACAACGUGAAAGUUCCAAACGAAAGCAGGGCGGGGAUGUUCAUGCUGAUGUCAAGCUCGUUUUGCGUAAACCUGACCCAUCUUCCACUUCCCUAGUGAAGCUUCAUUCUGAUUCAUUCAUUUAAUAAUUCCGUGUAUUCGUCAACGAUAAAAUAAGCUAUCCCAUGAGCUCGCGUGCACCAUUGGCGAAGAAGUGGUUCGCUCGAGACAUCAGUGAAGAUGAAGUGCUCGUGCGUUCUGACAAGAACGGCUUCCCUACGGCUCGCUGCGUAAAACGACCGACGAUGGAAAAGCUAACGCAGGGUGAUCAUGGCCGUGAAAAUACCGGCUUUACGAAUGACGUUUUCCGAGGUGCAGUACCAGACGAGGCUCCCCGGUCACCGAGCGAGAUGUCCCAAAUUGUUCAAAAAGUGCCCAAUUCUUCAGUUGCUGGCAACAAGAACGUUUCCGAGCACUCCGGGCGACGUCGAAGCGAGUCGUCGUCCAUUCCUUUGCCCGUCCCGGAAGGCCGCGUAACCGUCCCGGAGCAGUUGACGAGCUUGCCGAAUCACAUACGUAUGCCUUUGCGCUCUGGCGAAGCCGCUGAGCCUGUCACUGUUUCCAGAGGCGGCAGGUCAUCUACUGAAACGUCGACCGCAGCCGAAACGAAAGAGGUAACGGCGGCACCGACGACCGCCUACCGGGCCAUCAGCGGCAGCGGGCGUCAUCACAAACAUGGCCGCCCGCACGCUGAUCUCUACAGGCGAGAAAGUACAGCAUCUGUCACGGAACGCUUCGGGUAUCAAAUACUACCAGCGACGCGAGAACAGUCUCUCCGUAACACUGGUCGAGACCGCGGCAGCAGCGAGCUUCCCAGAGAGACGCCGAGCCAUCUUGAGACUAGUGUUAGUAGCGAGGCGUGUAUCCGGGAGCUGCAGGUGCCGGAGCGAGUGACGGAGUCACGGACGAAGCCGAUCAUCAAAGCCUCUCGGUCAAGGCAACUGCAGCCAUCACAAACCAGCCCGUGCCUGAGCCAAACGCGUAGCAGCCUCGUGGAUCAUCCACCUAUACGGGCUCCUGGAAAGCGAGCCGCGGCAUUUACAACAAGAAGCAGCUUCAGCACAGUCACCGCCUAAACCAACCUAGAGGCGCAGACUGAUAUUGGAGGUGGCGCAGCUCAUUCAACUCAGGACAUGCGAUCGACCCUCCUCGAGCUGGAAAAGACUGCAGUGAAGAACCAGACAUUUUGGCGAAGCUUGCAGGCACUCAUUGUGGAAGAAGCACGUCACCAUUGCCGCAAGUUCGUUUCGCUUGUGUUCCUAUCUACAGCUGCUGGUGUUCUACUUUUAUACUUGGUUAUAGUCGGUGUCGUCUGGAGAAGUGAUCGCAACAGAGUCAAAAUAUGCGGGAAUAUCGAUUGCGUCGACCAUGUUACGGCCCUCCGUUUGACGCACAACGACACCAACCCCGCUGCUUGCCAAAACUUUGCCUCGUUCGUUUGUUCUGCAGGACGGAACAGAUAUGGCGCCUUGAGUGAAAGUGUCAUUGCGCAGAGAAUCAUGGACCAUACGUGGGCGAUGGUUACGCAGCACCCGGCUGGUUCCAUCUUCAGCAGACCACUCGAAAUGACCCGGAAAUGCAUCUACGGAAGCGCUGACGACAACGCGCUAAUUACUCUAGUCGAAUUCUUGCAAGACAAGAGCUU